GCCCAUGUCUACCACAAUAAGAGUUUUAUUUGUGGGGAAAAAAAAGUACAUAACGUCAAAAAUUUGAGUUGCUUUGUGGUGCGAUUUAUUUUUCUUCUCGCAAAUUUUCCGUGUUUUUCCACAACUCUUGCAUAUCAAAUUGUGGCAAAAAGGUGCAAAAGUAUCCAGUGCUGUGUGUGAAGAAGUUAUUUUGUGCGUUCCAUUGCGAGAAAGGCCAGAAAAUUGCUGAGAAAACGAAACGAGAAAGCAGAAUGACGAUUCCGUCACGACCAGCACCGGCACCCCCACAGCAACGUUCCUCGGGAGCGUCACAGUUGCGGUACACACCCACAACAGACUGGGAUGAUUCGCCAUUCGACAUGGCAGCAAACGUCGCGGCGGGAGUUAGUCACGCAGGAAGUGUAGGGAAUGGACGGAAGAUCCCACCGCCGCGACCACCUCCGCCUAAAUCAACAAAGCCACCGCUGAAGAAGAGCGGACAGCCACAGUCGGUGAAUAUCCUGUCCAAUUUAUUCGGAGCUACGGGGCGUAGAGCAAAGACGCCGCCAACGGGAUCAGCUGCUGGGCCUCAUAUUGGGGCACUAAAGUUACCACCGCCAAAGAUCCAACCACCGCCGGCGUCAACGAGAAAUCAAUCAGCAACUUCCAGUACUGAUGUCCAAUUAAUUGACUUCAAUUCACCACCAAGUUCACCGACAUUCACCCAAAAAUCCAACAGUGACUGUGUCAGUGUCGACAGCUUCAGCUCAGACUCGAAUUAUUCACCCAACAAUGGGCAUUCUUCACAAGCUGAGAGUGGUUUUGAAGAUGAUUUUGCCUCUGCGGAUGUGUUGCAGACCAAUCGUGACGCCUGGGGGGAUACAUCAGAUCCAUUCACAUCGCCACCUGUUUGCCAGAAUUAUGUGGGACCAAAAAUUCGUCCACCUGUAGCACAGAAGCCCGUCGUUUUGGCCGGCUCGUCCUCCUUCUACAGCCUCAAUUCUUCAGGAAGCCAUCACGCAAAGGGCGCUGCGGGGAGUACAACAACAAAAUUCGAUGAUCCCCUGUGCAAUGGGAAAACUCUCGUUGCACCAACACCCAGCAUUGCAGCCCCGACAAUUAUUAAGCCCACAAUUGCACCCAAACCAAUAAUGGGAUUGGCGGGAAGUAGAACAAAUGUGGGGCAAAGUGUAAUGAAGAUGAAGGAAGUUUUCCAGCAGGAGAAUAGCAAUAGCCUCGAUGAUCCAUGUCCAUCGCCACCGAUGCCAACGUGUCCACCACCUCCGCCCCCGCCAGCCUUCUAUCUCGACGACACCGACGAGACGGAGAGCUAUGGCAUCGCAUUGUACAAUUUUGAGACGGAGGAAGUGGGUGACUUGAAUUUCAGAGAAAAUGAGAAAAUUUAUCUACUGAGACAAAUUGACACCGAAUGGAUGUAUGGAAGGAAUAAGAGGGGCUGUGAGGGAAUGUUUCCGAUUAAUUUUAUUGAAAUUCGUGUGCCACUGAAGGAGGAAAAAUCCAAAACGCAACAAAUUACUACUACAAAUGGACCUGUAGCCAAGCAGAGUGCUCCAAUUGCAAAUACAUCACGUAAAGCUCGUGUUCUCUACGACUUUACGGCAGAAGUGCCAGAGGAUUUAACAUUAAGGGAGGGCGAAAUAGUCAAUGUUCUGCAUGAAAUAAACUCAGAAUGGAUGUAUGGUGAAUGCAGAAGUCGCACAGGUCAAUUUCCAGCAAACUUUGUCGAAUUUAUCUAAAUACUAAGAAAGGAAAAAAAAACGAUUUGAAAAACAAGCGAAACGUGGAACUAAAUUGCCUUAAAAACGUCUCUUUUUCUACCACGAAAAAUUAUUUUUCUUUCGCUUAAAGUAAAUUUGAUAAAAAGAAUAAAUUGUCGGUUUUUUUUUAAUAGGAUUUAGUAGGAAUUUUUACAAAUUAUAUAAAUGAUAAAAAAAUCUGCGAUGUAGCCCAUGAGGAAUUUUUCCCAGUUAUAAAAGAAUAAGAAGAAACUUUUGAAGAGAAAAGGGAAUCAAUUGAACUGAAAAUUGUAUAUUAAAAUUAAAGAAAAGAAAAAUUUACAAUCAGUAAAAAUCAUCAUUGAUAUAUCAAAGAGACAAAUUACAAAAUCUCUGCGAUUUUAUACAAUUUUUAUUGAAUAUUACGUACUAAGUAAGAUGAGGAGGAAUGAGAGGGGGGUGUGUAUUAAAAGAGGUUUAGAUUUAAUCUUGAAUGUGAUUGAGAUCUGUUUUUGGACUAAAAAAGUAUUGUUUUUUUGCGUCUUCCUCGUCUCUGCGGGGGCGAGAUGAUUUAAUUAUUAUUUAGUAGAGAAGGGGGGCGAAUAUGAAGGGUCGAGGAUAAUUUUUUUUGUAUAUAUAUUGACCUUUAUUUGUAUGUAAUUCAAUCAAGUGAGUAUAUAAUAUUUAUUGGUAUAUAAUUAGCUAUAUCGCAAAAAACUGUAUCGAGGAAAAUACACACUGAGUCGGUUGAAAACCACAAAA